AUGGGGCGAUUAACGGCAUUGGGUAUUAUAGCAUUGGUAGCGUCAGCUGCGGCGGCCCCAGCGCCCCAGUACUGUCCGUGUCUGCCACCCCCCUGUCCGUGCCCUCAACCCUGUCCUCCGCCCGUACCACCACCGUGCCCAUGUGACCCUUGCGCACCACCACCGUCUCCAUGCGGCGAAGGCCCAAUCAAGGUACUGUUGCAAAAGAACUGCGUCUCCGAGCGGCUUAGGGGAGCAGGGUUCCAAGAGAUCCCUGUACCAGGGGGCACCUUCUUCAUCAGCGCCUCCCCAGACGUGAUCAUCCAGCCACCCCCGAUCCUCGUACGACCACCACAACAGGCUCCAAUUGUACCACCAGCGCUGACGGUGCAACCACCACCCGUACCGCCUGUGACACCCCCACCAAUCUGCGUCAGACCUCCCCCUCUGCCACAAAUAACCCCCCCACCUGUUCUCGCUCGUCCCGGACCUGUUCCAUGCGUGCAACCACCUCCUCUAGUUGUGAGAGUGCCUAAACCAGCUCCGAUUCAACCAGCUCCGAUCAGUGUGACUCAACCUCGUCCCGCGCCGAUUCAUCCACCUCAGAUCGUCGUGAGGCCGCAUAAGCCUCAGAACAUUCAGCCGCCCACUAUUUGUGUGUCAACCUCAUCGUUGGUGCAAGGUCAAGGACAAGGGUUAGCCGGUAGUUUGUCAGGGUUGACAUCGUCUUGUCCAUGCUCAUCGCCUUGUCCGUGCCCGUGUCCGUGCCCGUGCCCAUGCCCAUGCCCAUGCGAGCCUCCCCCACCGCCACCCUGCGCCUGCCCCUGCCCCUGUCCCUGCCCAUGUGAGCCACCCCCGCCUUGCCCAUGUGAGCCCUCACCCUGCCCAUGCUAA